CAGUGGUCUAGCAAGGCACAACGUCCAGUGCAGUCGGCAGCUGCGGUGGUCAGAGACACAGAGGAGUCGCCAUGACCAUCACCCUCCACCUUCUACUGCUCCACCUUGCUGUGGCGUUGACCGACGGCGGCAAUGGCUACCUGGUGGAUCAGCCGGAACAGGUGAAUGGAGUGGAAGGGGGGUCCGUCACCCUGCCCUGCUCCUUCUCGUACCCGGUCAACCUCAGGCCCCGAGGCUUUGACGUCUCUUGGAGGUUCGGGGAGUUUCACGGGCAGUUUAUCUUCAACCGUUCGCAAGCCAUCAUUCACAGCCGCUACAAGGGCCGGAUCACAUUCGUGGGCUCCCCCAUCCGAGACCACACCGCCUCCAUCCGCUUGGACAACCUGAGAAGAAACGACUCGGGCAGGUACUUCUGUCGGGUCAAGAUCCUCGGAGAACGUAACGAUGUUUGCCAGAGCAUUACGGGAACUCUUCUGUCAGUUGGAGAGAGGCCCAGCGUCCCGGUGACUGUCGAAAGCACCACCUCCACAGAGAGGCCCAACGUCACGGUGACUGUUGAACAUACCACCCCCGGGGGAACUCCACCCUGGCUACCCUUCGGUGCAGGGGGCUGUGGCCUGGUGUUGCUGCUGCAGCUUAUUUCUCGGACGGUGGUGUUGCUGCUGCUGCUUAUCGCUGGGGUGGUCAUCUGCAUCCAUCAGAGGGAGAGAAAGAGGAAAGCAAAGAAUGUUCAAGAGGCAGUGAGCAGCGGAACACAACAAGGGUGCGGAGGGGAGCGGGAACUGGUGGGAGCGAUGCACAACCGGAGGCGAGGGAGGGAGGGGGAGGUGAAUGAGCAAGAAAGAAAGCAGAAGAGGUGA